GCCGGCCGGCAACUCAGUUCAACGCCGCGCCGCGACCGUACCGCACGUGUGUUCAUGACAAACCGCGGCGUUUAAAAACGAUCGAACGCGUCUCACCAAUAUUUUCACGAGUGACACGAGAGGGCGACCUCUCUUAGCCGACAAGAUUGCUUCUCAAGUGGAAAUGCCGUCGAGCCUGUUCGGCGAGCUGGGCGGCGGUGGGCUGGUGGAGGACCAGAGCGCUUUCCGGCUGGCGCUGGAGCUGAGCAUGCUGAGCCUUGGCGAGCCGAUGCCGACGACAAACCCCUUGGCAAGCCCCAUCGGAUUCGCUCCGCCGCCCGACGACCGCGCCAAGAAGUCGCAGAACAUGACGGAGUGCGUGCCGGUGCCCUCCUCGGAGCACGUCGCAGAGAUCGUCGGCAGACAAGGCUGCAAGAUCAAGGCCUUGCGCGCGAAGACCAACACAUAUAUAAAGACACCGGUGCGCGGCGAGGAGCCCGUGUUUGUGGUGACGGGCCGCAAGGAAGACGUGGCUCGCGCCAAGCGCGAGAUCCUCUCUGCCGCUGAGCACUUCUCGCAGAUCCGCGCCUCGCGCAAGUGCGGCGCCGCGCCACCACCGCCCGCUGGAGCGCCCGGACACGUGACCGCGCAGGUGCGCGUGCCCUAUCGUGUCGUCGGCCUCGUCGUUGGCCCCAAGGGGGCCACAAUUAAGCGCAUCCAGCACACGACGCACACUUACAUCGUGACACCGUCGCGCGAGCGCGAGCCCGUGUUUGAGGUGACAGGACUGCCCGAGAGCGUGGAGGCGGCGCGCAAGGAGAUCGAGGCGCACAUCGCACUGCGCACAGGCGCGGCAGGCGCAGCGGCGGGCGGCACACCACCCGGCGACACAGAGCCGCUGGCGCAGCUGUACCGCGCUGGACUCGCUUCGCUACUGCGCCCCGAGGCAGAGGCUGCCUUCUCAUCGGCGGGCUCGUGCUCUUCAAGCGGAUCUUCGGCGCGACUUGGCGACCUGCUGGGCAUCUGGUCGUCGACGGAGCGCGACGAGGGGCUGGGCGAGUCUCCGUCGUUCGAGUCGCCGGGUGCAGGCGGCGUAUGGGCGUGGGGUCCGCCACGGCCCUCGCCCGCUGCGUCACCGGCGCGUGCGUGCGCCGUAUGUGGCGAGCGUGGCGUGGCGGCGGCGCUGGUACCGUGCGGGCACAACCUGUACUGCCUGGAGUGCGCACAGCGGCUGGCGGCCACCGCGGCACCAUGCCCCGCCUGCGCUGCGCCCGCGCAUCAAGCCAUUCGCAUACUGUCGUAAGCCGUCGCGCCCCGCCGGCACGGACGCACCCUUUUUUACUUAAAUCGUUACGGAAUUUAAAAUGUAUAAGUCGCGUAAUCGAAAUCCUGGUGCCAAAAGUCGGCGCCCGCCGGCACGGCCCGUCCGCCGCGCCGCACCUAACGUAAGUCGGCAGAGUUACUCACGAUAUAUUUUCUUAUUAUGAACGUUUUUUAUUGGGUCGUCGAGCCGCCGAGCUCGUCGCCGCAGACUCGAGGUACGUUACGAUAGAAUUUCGAAAAAAAAUGCAUAAAAGUUAAAUAAAAAAAGUUGUAUAAUUAUUAUUGAUAGCGUAAAGAAAUCGAAAUUUAUAAAGCUUACCUAACGUAGUAGCGUAAAGUAUUAAGGUAUCGUAAUAUUAUAGGCGAGGGACGGGCGGCGCGGGGAGUGCGCGUCGCGGCGCAGUCCGCCUGGCGGCCACGCGACUAGCUAAUGUUUGUAGGAAAUGUGCCGUGCGCCGCGCCGUGCCGUGCCGUGCCGUGCGCCGUGCCGCGCAUUGCCGUGUGCCGUGCGCCGUGCCGCUCGCGCUCGCCGCCCGCGCCGCUCCCCCGCGCGCCAUGCUCACAUUAUUUUGACUAUACGACUAUUCGCUUAAAUGAUAUUAUACAUACGUACACACUAUGAUUAUGAUAAUAUUAAUAUAAUGUUUGUUUUAAGUGUGUUUUAAUGUUUAGAUUUUUAUUGUAAUGUUUUUAUGAAUGAUUUUUAUCUGUAUGAUUAUUAUUAUUGAUUAUUAUUUUAUGUGUUGACGAUGUUUUUUUGUGAUGCGCGCCGGCGUCCCCGCGCCCCGCGCCCCACGCCCCGCUCGCGACGCCGCCGCGUCCCGCGCGAGGGCGCAGGCGGCGGUGACUGCGGUUGACUGUGGGUACUGCUACUAGAAAAUUGACUGGGGCUAGGGGUAGUGGGUAGGGGAGGGCAGGGAAAGGCGCCGGGGACGCGGGCGCUAGCCGAGGCUGCCGCGGGCUGUUUAGUGGUUAUGAUAUCGAAUAAUAAAAUUAAAGUAAUAAAUGAUAAAGAAAUAAUACGAUUCAUUCAUUAUUAUUAUUAUUAUUAAACUAUAGUAGUCUGUAGCACGACAUUGACUAACCAUUACCUAUUGAUACUUAUUAAGUAUUAUUAUUAUUAUUAUAUUGAAUAAAUUUAAAGAAUGCAUAAUUAUAUUUCAUAGGAAUCAUUAUUCUGUAUAACUCUAGUUAAAUAUAACGAUAAUAAAUACGUUUGUAUGUGCAUUGGAGAAGGUCUUUGUUGUUUGGUUUCACGGGGGGCGGAUUUUAUGGAUUGAGAUUUUUUUAUUUUUUUACCGUUAUUAGUUUUGAUUAAUCAUGUUUAAGAUACGCGAGAAUGAAAACUGCCUAUUAGAUUAUAUUUUAAAAAAUAAUGGUUGCGUAAAAUCAGCCCCCGACGUACGUAGAUCCAGUGAUUUUUAUAAGUUUAUUUUCAUAAUAAAAUGGGUAGACGCUUUAGGUUCAAAUAACGUUGUGAAAAUUUGUGAAAUUUUGUAGACUACAUAUCUUAUUAUAAAUCUAAUAUAAACUAUAACUUUCGAA